AUGGUGGAAUCCUCCCCAGGAAUCCAAGAUACACUGGGUGAACGAGAAGGAAGAUGGGAGGACAACCAAGAUGGGGGUCGGAGAGAACAGCGGCUGCUUGUGUCUCCAGUGGCUGAUCGAGCAAUUGGAAAGCUUUUUUUUGAGGACAAAGAAGGAGUUGAGCUUGCCUUGUCAGAUGGAGCAUCAGUCAUUAUCAGUGAAAACAAAAUUGGGUUUACAGCAAACAAUGCACUUCAAGUCUUUGAUGAGACAGAUACUAAUGUGGAAGAAGAUAUUUUUCAAGAGUUGAUUCAAAGCCAACCCACAGUUUUGAAAAAAGAAUUUUCACCCACGAAUACCUCAACACCAAGUACAUGCACUGAUAUGUUUUCAAACUCAAGUGAUGUAGAAGGGUUGGAGAGAACACAGCCAAACCUGUCUGCAACUGCAGAAAAGGCAAAACAGAUUGUUCAAAACGCCCUGAAAGAAAAACCUGAUGGUGUGGAUGUUCUCGAAGAAUAUGAGUUCAUUAAAACACAGAAGCACAGCACAAAACGGCAGCUUGUUAACAUUCUUGUUAGCCAUAUGACAGUGGUUCAUGGGAGGAUCCUCACCCGUAAACUGAGAGAGACAUAUGCCUUGGGCAUUGUUUCUCUUUACACUGCUCUAAGAGACCCAUUUUCAUCAAAGGGCUGGAAUCAAGACUUUAUUUUGCUAUUCAAUACUGAAACAACCGCAAAUUUGCUUGAGCAGUGGGAGACAGCAUUCAAGCAGAAAGUCAUCAAAGAAGCGUCUCUCACUUUGACAGCAGAACUUCAAAGUUGUAUCAGUGCAUCAGAGAAACAACAGUCUGAAAAUGGAAGAAAGAAGGCUAAAAUCAGUCCAAUUGAUGCUGACAGGCUUGUACAUUUUCAUAAGUCCUGCCAUAUAAAAGAAUAUCAAAGCAAGACAGAAGGUCACCAACCAUAUCUACAUGCAGUAGGACGAACCAAGAAGAGGAUCGACAAUUUUGAUGUGUUUGUUGACAAGCAGCUCAUCCUUUGUGCAGGAACCAUCUCCCUAACUGCCAUAGAUGAACUUUUCAGACUUCAUUACAUCUUUAACAUCACCUAUGAAGAAUCUCUGGCAAAUGUCUAG